UGUUAUCUCACAUAUUUGUUUGUAUAUUCGUUGUGUUCUAGAAGUUUCCAAUAAUCCAUGUUCAAUCGCUGUAGUGUGUUUGUUCUUAUUUGUUACUUUAAUUUAAGUCAACAAAUGUAAAUAUAUUCUUACAAAUAAGUGCUUAGAAGGCUGUGAUUUUAGUUUUUCCUCUUCUAAUCAACAUAGUAAUUAUCGGUUGCGACCGAAGAAAAAGCUGCUUCCCUUUGAUUAAACUACGUACUAAAUAUUGUAAGAAUUCAAUUAUCACCUUAAGUAUUUACAAUGGCUUCUUGUCUGGAUGAAGAAAAUAAAGUUAUCAUCAAAAAGGAUUGGUACCAAACAGAGUCUCAAGUGAUUGUUAGCAUUUUGGGUAAACAUACUUCAGAAGAAGACUGUUGCGUAAUAUUUAACGAUGAUGAAGUAACCAUCCAAGCCAAAUUUGCCACUGGUCAACCCUACACUCUUCAAUUAAAACUUAGUAAACAUAUUGUACCCAACUUUAGUACCUAUAGAGUUCUCUCGUCAAAAUUGGAGCUACGCCUUGCAAAGAUUGAAGGAGGAAUGUGGGAUGUACUAGAGAGAACUGUAGUCAAAAAAACUAAAUCCUCCAGUAUCCAGCCUCGCAAUUGGGAUAAGGUUGUCAAAGAUAUGACAAAAGAAGAAGAAGACAGUGAUGUUAAUACUCUGUUUAAGAAAAUAUAUUCGGAUGGUUCGGAUGAAGUGCGCAAGGCUAUGAACAAAUCAUUUAUGGAAUCUGGGGGCACCGUUCUAAGUACCAACUGGAGAGAUGUUGCAAAGGACAAAGUAGAUAUUAAACCUCCAGAAGGGAUGGAGUGGAAGAAAUGGGACGAAUAAACAAACCUGUACAUACUAUUACGUUAAUUAAGUGUUUGACUUUCUCUGAAAAUUAUAUAAUAAAAAAAUGUUUUUUUAAAUUAUACACACUUUUUGCAAAUCUUUAUUGUAUUAUAUACACAUUAUGAUAUCGCUUUUUCAAGUGAUUAUGUGAACAAAUAAUCAUGUUUUAAUUUUUUAAUCUUAUUAAUCUUUAUAGUCCUUUUUUUUCUUUAACAAAUUAUUUGGAAUUAAACAUAGAUGACAAUUCAA